AAUCAAAGCAAAAAGAAUUCCCUCACGCCACCAUCAUAAUGUCACGCCCACUUCAAUUCAUUUCAAUUUAACUUCCCACCUCUUCUUCUUCUUCUUCUUCUUCUCUUCGCCGUCACUUCUCAUUUCCCUCCCACUCCACCACCAUUACGACAAACCACUCGGUUGCUGUACUAGGCGCGUCCAAUGGAGCCAGCUCAAGCUACCCCUGAUGUCAUUCCUUCGCCCAAGCCAGCCACAAAACGGAGCCUUUUGAGUUCCCUCAUGGAGGCCGCCACCACCGCCGCCGCCCUCCAGAACUCCUCCUUCGACGAGGACUCUUACUUUCUGUCUGCCCUCAAGCCGUCGGAGCUCAGGGCCCUGGAUGAACUCAAGCAGCUGCUCUCCUCCGCCGCCAAGCCCAUCUCCAUCUGGGGCGUCCCGGUCGCGCCGCCCCCUCCUUCCGCCGCCGCCGACGACGAGGCCUCGGGGCGCGCGGACGUGGUGCUCCUCAAGUUCCUUCGCGCGCGCGACUUCGACGCGGGGCAGGCGCACGCGAUGCUGCUGCGGUGCGCGGAGUGGCGGUCGGAGUUCGGCGCGGAUGGCGUGGCGGAGGAGGAGCUGGCGGGGUUCAAGGAGCUGGAGGGCGUGGUGGCGUACAUGCACGGCUGGGACCGGGGCGGUCACCCCGUGUGCUACAAUGCCUACGGCGUCUUCAAGGACAAGGCCGUGUACGAGCGCGUGCUGGGCGACGCCGGCAAGCUGCAGCGAUUUCUCCGUUGGCGGAUCCAGGUGAUGGAGCGCGGCGUCCGCCAGCUCCAGCUCCGCCCCGGCGGUGUAAACGCCAUCAUACAAGUCACUGACCUCAGGGACAUGCCCAAGCGCGAGCUCCGCGCUGCCUCCAAGCACAUCCUCUCUCUCUUCCAGGACAACUACCCCGAAAUGGUUUCAAGAAAGGUGUUCGUCAAUGUCCCAUGGUACUUCAGCAUGCUCUACGCUGUAAUAAGCCCUCUCCUGACUGAUAGGACCAAAAGCAAAUUUGUGAUCGCCGGAGAAGGAAACGUGACCGAGACUCUCUACAAGUUCAUCCGUCCGGAGUUCGUGCCGGUGCAGUACGGAGGGCUGAGCCGCCCAGGUGAGCUCCAGAACGAUCCGCCCAAGCCGGCCACGGAGUUCGCCAUCAAAGGCGGCGAAAAAGUAGACCUCGAAAUCGAAGGCAUUGAGGGAGGAGCGACCAUAGCGUGGGACAUUGCGGUGGGCGGGUGGGACUUGGACUACGGCGCCGCGUACGUGCCGACCGACCACGGGAGCUACACGAUCGUCGUGGAGAAAACGAGGAGGAUUCCGGCGUCGGCGGAAGAGCCAAUCCACGACGUGUUCACCGCCAAGGAAGCCGGAAAGAUGGUGCUGUCGUUGGACAACACCGGCUCCCGGCGAAGGAAGGUGGCGGCCUAUCGAUACUUCGUCCGCAGACAGUCAAAUUAAAUUAAAGUAGCCACUAUGCUGCUCUUUAUUAGUAUUAGACAUGGAAAUGAGUAGCUUUUCCUAAUCUUCUUCCUACGCCGAUUGCUACUACCACUGCACUAGCUACUCCCUGUAUGAUUAAUUUACUUGUCAUAAGACAACGAGACCUCUUUUUUCUCUCA